AUGACUCAGAAACAGCUUAAACACAAGCUUAAAGAAGUAAAGUCUGAUGACAAAAACAAGGAGCCUAGGAAGAACAGAAUUGGCAAGAUUGGAAUAGACAAGAGUAAUAACUACAUGCCUACAAAGUCUGAUAUACCAGUAAACUCUGACGCUCCAAACUCUGAUGUCCCAGUAAACACUGAAGCUGCUUCUCCUCCAAAGCAGAAGAAAAGAAGAAGGCUUGUUGCAGCAUAUGACUUUGAUGAUCUUGAACCUGCACAAGAUGUAAACUCUGAACCUACACCUACAACAACCAAUGAACCUGCUCAGUCUAGUCCUCAACAAAAACCAGCUAGAUUCAAAAGAAGGGCACACAAGCCAAAGAGAGCCAAGAUUCCAGAAUCUGAAAUUACUGAUUUCACUAUCCAAGAAGAGCAAACACCAUCAAGCCCAAUUCCUGUUGAUCCUUCUCAAGCUCUGAUGGUGGAACCUCUUCAAGCUGUUCCUAUCACUGAUGCCACACCAUUAUCUCCUACAACAUCUCCUAAAGCAACUUCUACAGCAUCUGCAUCUGAAGCUCCAGAAAAAUCUGCUCAGGAUAAUGUGGAGAAAGUUGCAGAUCCUGUUCCUGCAGAUGAAAAAGCAAACUCUGAUACUGAGGAUGAUACCAGUUCAGAUACUGACAAGGAUGAAAAUGCUGAAACAUCUAAAUCCAUUGAUAGUCUAAGAACAGAGGUGGCAAAGGUCAAGGAGACAAAUGACCUGGAAAAGAAGAGGACCAUCAAUCCUAUGAAAGAGAAUGUACAAAAGCUGAUUAAACAUGUCAUUCUUGAAUUAUCUGGUUCUAUGAGAACACCUAUAAGAACAUCUAUUUGA